UCGUCAUUCGUCACUUGUAAUUCGACGAUGUAAUAAGCGGUAGGAAUUUAUAACGUGGCCUUGAGAGAGUGACGAGUACCUACUGUACUUGAUUUAAUUUUUAAGUGAGGAAACAAAACGCAAAUAUCCUUAGUCUACGAAUUAGUUAUAGUAAAUUACUACAGAUAUAAACACUACGUAGUAGAAAAAUGCCACCUAAACGAAAAUAUGACGACGACUAUAUUAAGCUGGGUUUUACUUCAAUAGAAAUUAAUGGAGAGCUUAGACCGCAAUGCGUUUUAUGUGCAACUGUUCUUGCUAACGACGCUUUAAAACCGGCAAAGUUGGAACGUCAUUUGAAAACCGUGCAUCCGAAGUUUUGUAACCGUUCGCGAGAAUUCUUUGAAGGCAAACUAACAAAUCUUAAAAAAAUGAAACUUGGACCCAGUGGAACAAGUUAUGCAACAUCUGAAAAAACAUUAUCAGCGUCAUUUGAAGUUUCAAAAUUGAUUGCCAAAUCGAAAAAAGCACACACAAUUGGCGAAUCUUUAAUAAAGCCCUGUAUGCUCAAAGUUGCAGAAGAGAUUUUAGGCGCGGAAGCUCAAAAGAAAAUUCGUGAAAUACCGCUUUCUAAUGACACAGUUAAGUCGCGCAUUCAAAAAAUGUCAACUGAUAUUGAAGACCAAGUUAUUGGCAAGAUUAAAAACAGCCCUUAUUUUGCAUUACAAUGUGAUGAGUCUACCGAUGUUUCGCAAUGCUGUCAAUUACUUGUAUUUAUUCGAUUUUUGGAGGACAAUACAAUGUUUAAAGAAGAGUUAUUAUUUUCUCAAGAACUUAAAACGACGUCGCAAGGUGCAGAUGUUAUGAAUGCAAUAAGUCAAUACAUGGAGGAACAUGGACUUAUGUGGGAAAGGCUUGCCGGGUUUUGUACUGACGGUGCUCCUGCUAUGCUUGGUACUCGCUCUGGUCUUGCAGCAUUGAUAAAAACCAAAAAUCCAUCCGCAAUUACGACACACUGCGUUAUUCACCGUCAAGCAUUGGCUGCUAAAACGCUCCCGGAAUGUUUUACUAUGGCUCUGAAAACAGCUAUAAAAGUAGUUAACUUCAUUAAAAAGAGCGCACUCAAUACUCGUCUAUUCAAACAGUUGUGUUCUGACAUGAACUCUGAACACGAAACUCUGCUUUUCCAUACAGAAGUUCGUUGGCUUUCGAAAGGAAACAUGCUGUCGAGGUUAUACGAACUAAGAGACGAAGUAAAAAUAUUCUUAACUAACAAGGAAAACAAAGAGUUGCUAGAUCAGUUCUGUGACCCCGAAUUUAUAAUACGUUUUGCUUAUUUGGUCGACUUUUUUGCGCAAAUAAAUAAAUUGAACCUUCAACUGCAAGGAUCAGGAAAUUUGAAGUUGCAAGGCAUGAGCAACAUAUUUGCAUAUGAAGAUAAAAUCAGGGCGUUUAUUGCUAAAAUCGAGCUAUGGAUCAAUAAGGUCGAAAGAAAAAACUUUUCUGCAUUUGAUACGCUGAACCAAAUUAUUGACGGACAAGGUGCAGAUAUUAAAGAAGAAAUUCAGAAGAACAUGAUGCUCCAUUUGUCUAAUUUAAAAAGUGAAUUCAAUCGCUAUUUUCCUGACUGCGAGGACAAAAGUAUUCAGAAACUGAUCCGGAAUCCUUUCAUUGUCAAUGUUUCCGAAGUCUCUGAUGAAAUUCAAGAAGAAGUGAUCGAAAUGCAACACGACACGAAUUUAAAAGAUACAUUCGAAUCAGGAAUAAAUCUUGAAGAUUAUUGGAGCCAAAAAGCAAUUUCUUUUCCACAGCUUCGAGACAUUGCUAUACGUUACCUAACUUUAUUUUCAUCGACGUAUCUAUGCGAGCAGGGGUUUUCGACGCUUCUGAUUAUUAAAAACAAGCAUCGAAAUCGGUUAGAUGCCUCUGCCGACAUGCGUUUAGCAUUGAGUAGCACUGAACCAAGAAUUCAGAAGUUAGUAAAGAGUAUGCAGUCACAAAAAUCACAUUAAAUUAAAAUCUGUAACUUUUAGAUUUUUUCCAAAUAAUAAACAAAUGAGUGCUAAUCAUAAAAUUGUGCUUGUUUUCUUUAUCAAACAACCCUUAAUUUAUGUAAACCAACUGGGUGGUCCCCGGCAAGACAAACAUUUGGUAAAAUGGUCCUUCAUG